UUGAAAGGAUAGUCCAGUUUUGGGUAUCAAUCCACGUGAAGAUUUUCCUUUGAGGAAAGGAUGCAUCAGUGAGUGGUGAAUCCACAAUUAUAUAACACACUUCCUUGUUCUUACACUGUUGAUAAAAACUUCCAGAUUCCUGUAGUGUGGUUACAGUAACGGGAGACUGCACAGAUCUGCGGCUCUCUGCAUCCAUUACACAAACCUACCGCGCCACAAGUUGGUUCAGUGCCAAAAAGUACACGGUGCCCCUGGGGAAGAACCUCCCUCUGUUUCCUCAGGCCCCGCGUUGCCUGCGGUUCCUGAAGCCGAGCUCUGCGGACGGGGCAUUAAUUCAACUCUCCUAACCAAUGCAUACACUGGGAACAGACCCGGCAGAAGGGCAGACCCGGCGGUGUGGCUGCAAAGUUCACAGCGUUGCGCUUUGAAGAAAAAGGCACAACUGGAAGAAGUUAAACGUUGGUUUAAAAAUCAAAUUUUAAUCAACCUGCGUUCGGCGGCAGUUUGCGGCGCCCUUUUGGAAGAUUUGAAUGCAACCGCUGGAACCGGUGGUGUGCACAAAGCACGUUGGGGCUUUAGGUGUUGCAACUCUCCGGCGGUGAUGAGCUGCUCCGAACCGCUGGUUCGCCCCGUCCGCAGGAGCGCAUGGAUCGUGGGCGCUCUGUCCCAUUACUUCGGCUCGGAGAGCGCUCAGGAGGAUAACGAGAUCGUGGUUCUGGCCACCGGCACCGACCAGUACCUGCAGGAAAUAUUCCAACACUUGAGCUACCAGGGAGACGGGCUGGUGUCGGCCGAGGACUUCCGACUGCUUUGCACCGUGCUGGACCUACUGUUGGACGAGGAGGGUCAAUCGCUGGUGACCGGGCUGCCCGAAGCGGUCACUUUCCGGCAAUUCCACGCCCGCCUGUGCGGCUAUUUCCACCAGCGAGCCGGUCAGAACCCGGGGAGGCUGCCGGUGGGGAAGGAGACGGAACACAUCGAGAGGCAGAUCAGCCUGAGGUGCCCCCGCCGGCGGAGGAAGAAAAAAUGCGUCUCCUUCGACCUCUCCAAGGGUUGGGCGCAGAGCCAAGCGCACGGCACUUCCUGUCCCGACCUCCAGCCUGGACAGAGCCCCGCUGGCGACGGGGAGGCGAGCCCCACUUCCCUGGAGUUGGAGAACGCCAGCCUGCGAGAGCUGGUGGAAGACCUCCGGGGAGCUCUGCAGGGCAGCGACGCGCGGUGCCUGGCUCUGCAAGUUGCUCUCCAGAAGGUCUACACCAGGCCAGAACAAGGACCUCCAGGCCAAGCUAAGCAGAACAAUGUGGCAGAGAGGAGCUGUCCAGGGUUCAGGAGCAUGCUGAGGGAGCUGGAGCUGAUCCGGGAGUCGAGGGACGGUCAGAUCCAGGAAGCCAUGCGUUUCAACCAGCAGCUGGAGAGGGAGCUGAAACAGGCACACUGCCUGCUGGCCCAUUGGGAGCAGUCAGCGGCCACACUCAAAGCCCGCACUGCCCAGAUCAGGAGGAAGGCGGAAGGAGCCAGCGCACAGCUGCAGGGCGCCCUGGAGAAGGUGAGGGAGCUGGAAGAUGGAACCAAGCAGAUUCCCGUUCUACAGAGCAGAGUCCUGGAGCUGGAGCAAGAGCUGGAGCAGUACAGAUCACAAGGAGGUCAGAGCAAAGUGGCCUCAGCUCCACUGAACCGUUCACAGCUCAUCCAGAAACACUGUACCCGGAGUCCCUGCCAGCAACAAGCACGGAGAUCUCCGACCGGGAAAGCAGAAUCAGACCCAGAGACCAGGAAUUACUACGGACAGCAGAUGAGGCCUCCUCCCUGCAAUGGAGAUGAGGAGCUGAGGGCGGUGGAGGGUCGGGCUGCUUCUGACGAGGAGGAGGAGGAAGGUUCACAGGAGCAGCAGUGUCAGAUGCUGGCAUUGAAUGGCGAUGUCUGCAGCAGUGGAGAGAAUCCCAGUAGCACAUUAAGGCGGUUGCUGUCUCACAGCUGCAGCUGUCGUCACAAAGGGAGAGGUGCCGUGGUAUUCAGGGAAAGGGAAAAGGAACUCGCAGCACUUCUAAAGAACAAGGAGAAACAAGUGGCAGAUCUCCAGGCUGAGGUAGACCAGUUGGCUUGCUCAAUGACAAAGGAGCUUCAGCUGAAAGGGGAGGAGGUGGAGAUGCUGCGGAUGGAAGUGCAGAUGGUUGAAGCAGAUCGUGUGAGACUCUCACUGGUGGAGGAGAAGCUGACCGAUGUCCUACAGCUUUUGCAACAGCUGCGAUUGCUGAAUAUAUCAAGACGAGCAUUGGGGAAAAUCUUAUUGAACACUUUGGACACCUGUUACAAUGCAGGACAUGGCACAAUGGGUUCCCUGGACAUGUUGAACGUGCUCCACAAAGAGUUGGUGUCAUGUGAAUUACUGGACAAAAGUUCACCUCAAGGAGAGAGUCAACAGAUCGUGAAAAACUCCCUUGUGAUAACAUGUUAGAUUAUGGAAGAGGAUGGAUUUUCGACUGUUUCAUUCUUGUGCAGAUGUCCUCAAGAGACCACUGGAGAUGUAAGCACUCAAAAGGUUACCCAUUGGCCAUCAGAGGCUGGUCACCUACUGUGGAGACAUCCAACAUCAUAAGUAACGUAUAUGUUACCAUUGUGGCGACUCACCGUCUAGUCGGGCGAACCGGCUCGGCAGUCGGGUCGCGCGGCGUCGGAGCGACGAAGCCCAAGGUGGCGGCGGGCCUCGUCUUUCUGAGCGACAGGGUGAACCCGCGCGCGGGAAAGUCCUGAUGACGUAGGACUUACGUCAUUGCCGGUUGUUUUGGGCGGGAACAUUCUCCCUUAAAGGGCCCGCGCAAGGCGGGAAAAUAAACCAGUUCUUGUUUGGCAAUCCUCUGAGUAGAGUCUUGCUUUAUUCCGCGGUAGCAACCGCUACACCAUUGACAUUGCCCAACACAUUUAUCUCCCCGGAAAAGUGUCUGCAAAGCCUUUCCCUGUCCUGGACAGAAGUAAAUAAGGACUGGCUAAUGAAGAAUGAAAGGACUUGCAAAUUCUUGGGACAUCCAAGAGGAUUUUGUAGCUAACCAUUGAACAUGUCUUGAGACAAAUGGGAUAACAAUAUUCUGCACGGCAAGAUUUACAAAGAGUAGUUAACCUGACUUUAUCAAGCUGAUUGAGGGUGAAAGUAGGUUAAAGCACCAGAAAGAGAGACUGUUCAUUGCCUUCUGCCUCUUAUUCACCAAAACAGACUGAUGAUGCCAUCAUUUAAUGCCUUAUUCAAAAGGUAGGACCUCUGACAGUUCAGUGCUCUUAAUCAUGCAGAACUGAACUGAAAUAUCAGCUUUAAUUAUGUCUAAUCUUGGAAUGUACCUCAAUCAAUGAAUCUUCCACAUCGUUUGACAGAAGCAUUUUAAUGCACUUUCUAUCUAAAA